AUGCAAGGUGCGAUCAUUUGGAACAGAAAAACAAAAAAAUAUGAGGAUCAGACAAACAAGAACAUCGGGAAACAGAAGCACAAGAACAUUGGGAAACAGAAGCACAAGAACAUCGGGAAACAGAAGCACAAGAACAUUGGGAAACAGAAGCACAAGAACAUCGGGAAACAGAAGCACAAGAACAUUGGGAAACAGAAGCACAAGAACAUCGGGAAACAGAAGCACAAGAACAUCGGGAAACAGAAGCACAAGAACAUCGGGAAACAGAAGCACAAGAACAUCGGGAAACAGAAGCACAAGAACAUUGGGAAACAGAAGCACAAGAACAUUGGGAAACAGAAGCACAAGAACAUCGGGAAACAGAAGCACAAGAACAUUGGGAAACAGAAGCACACGAACAUCGGGAAACAGAAGCACAAGAACAUUGGGAAACAGAAGCACAAGAACAUUGGGAAACAGAAGCACAAGAACAUUGGGAAACAGAAGCACAAGAACAUUGGGAAACAGAAGCACAAGAACAUCGGGAAAAAGAAGCACAAGAACAUCGGGAAACAGAAGCACAAGAACAUUGGGAAACAGAAGCACAAGAACAUCGGGAAACAGAAGCACAAGAACAUUGGGAAACAGAAGCACAAGAACAUUGGGAAACAGAAGCACGAGAACAUUGGGAAACAGAAGCACAAGAACAUCGGGAAACAGAAGCAUAAGAACAUCGGGAAACAGAAGCACAAGAACAUUGGGAAACAGAAGCACAAGAACAUCGGGAAACAGAAGCACAAGAACAUUGGGAAAAAGAAGCACAAGAACAUUGGGAAACAGAAGCACAUGAACAUCGGGAAACAGAAGCACAAGAACAUUGGGAAACAGAAGCACAAGAACAUUGGGAAACAGAAGCACAUGAACAUCGGGAAACAGAAGCACAAGAACAUUGGCAGUAAAGAACAAUAA